AUGAGUAAAUACGAUUUUUCAAAACGUUUGAAACGCAUGCUGAACAAUGAGUGCGAAAUUGUGGAAAUGGAAACAAACGUUGCACGGAAAUGUGCCAAACAUUAUGAACAAAUGACCCAAUUGAAGACUAUGUUAAACGCCCAGGAACAUGAACUAAAUCGAUAUAGAAAUUCCGUUGAUAGACUUAAACACGAAACGGAAGAAUUGGAGAAAUUUGUUGCGGGCGAAGAGGAGAGAUUAAAUUGCAUUAACAUAAACAUAGAACGAUUGCGUGGCGAAAGUAAGGAGAUGGAACAACAACGUAUUGUCCAAAGGAAACAAGAAUUGACCAGAAGGGAAUUUAUUCGUCGCAUUAAAGAGACUACACAAAUGUAUUUCAAUGAAGAUGCUUUGCCCUAUAGAUUUCAGGGUGUUUGUCUAGAGCGUACCGAAACAUCCUACGAAUGGAAACCCUUUGCUGUUGAUGCCAAAAAAUGGUUAAAUUUUCUCGAUGAACAAUGGAAACUGGAAAAUCACGAAAAUAAAGAAAACAGUGACAACAAUCGAAUGGAUUUUUAUGAAAAUGCCAAACAUUAG